AAUACAGAGACUGUCAUCGCCAUUACUUCUCACAUACGGUCAUAUCAGGACGGAAACUUUUGAGAAAAAAAUAAACAAACAGGUCAACGAGAGCGGCAACAGUUUUCAAACUUGAAGUAUUUUGGAAAUCCUAAGAGACGGAGAGAAACUUUUUUUCUUGCUGGCGUCGUUGAUGAGGAGCUCUGCCAAAAUAAUCCGAGGCACAAAAAAAAAUAUACUUGUGUAUUACAAGGUGGGGGCAAGCUGAAGGAGAAAAAGGCAGAAAGUAUUUUUGAACACUUGCGCCACAAGUCCACAAAGGAAGAGGUAUCAUCGGCGCUCAGCUGCAUGGCUUGUUGGCGUCUGUGAUAUCUCAUUUGCCACAAAAGACGAAACACCUCUCCAUACCUCCGCGAGUACUAAUAAAUAGAUGUGAUUCAGUGUUGGACGACCGUCUUCAGCCGACACUUUAUUCGACAGUGACUUGAGAUUCCUGCGAAGCAAUUGGGCUUCAACUCCCGACCGAGGAGGCGGAGUCUUAACUUAUUAAAAGGAACUUGCCGAGGCUUGGACGUCUGCAAAUAUGAUGAUGAUGUCUCUGAACAGCAAGCAGCCUUUUGCUAUGGCCCACACCAGCUUGCCCGAACCCAAGUACUCGUUGCAUUCCUCCUCAUCCUCCACUUUGACUUCCAAUGCACCUUCGUCCUCCUGCUCAUCCUCCCGACACAGCAGCACCAUCAUCAGCAGCAGCGGCAGCAGCAGCAGCAGCAGCUCGGAGGCGAUGCGCAGAGCCUGUCUCCCAACCCCACCGAGCAAUAUAUUCGGAGGCUUGGAUGAGAGUUUAUUGGCCCGGGCUGAAGCUCUAGCGGCGGUGGAUAUAGUCUCGCAGACCAAGAGCCACCACCACCCACCACAUCACAGUCCCUUCAAGCCGGACGCAACCUACCACACCAUGAACACUCUCCCCUGCACAUCGUCUUCCUCCUCUUCCUCCUCGGUGCCUAUUUCUCAUCCAUCCGCCUUGGCUGGCCACCAUCACCACCACCACCACCAUCACCACCAGCCUCACCAGGCACUGGAGGGGGACCUGCUGGAUCACAUCACCCCUGGACUGGCACUGGGAGCCAUGGCAGGGCCGGAUGGCUCGGUGGUUUCCACGCCUGCGCACCCUGCCCACAUGGCGGGCAUGAACCACAUGCACCAGGCAGCUAUCAACAUGGCUCAUGCCCACGGGCUACCACCGCACAUGGGCAUGAACGACGUGGACGCCGAUCCAAGGGACUUGGAAGCCUUCGCAGAGAGGUUUAAGCAGAGACGGAUCAAACUCGGGGUUACCCAGGCGGAUGUAGGGGCAGCUUUAGCCAGUCUGAAGAUUCCUGGGGUGGGCUCCCUCAGCCAAAGCACCAUAUGCCGAUUCGAGUCCCUCACGCUCUCUCACAACAACAUGAUUGCUUUGAAGCCCAUCCUGCAAGCGUGGCUAGAAGAAGCCGAGAAAUCACACAGGGAGAAACUUAAUAAACCCGAGUUGUUCAACGGCGCGGAGAAAAAGAGGAAGCGCACGUCGAUAGCCGCGCCAGAGAAGAGAUCGCUGGAGGCCUAUUUUGCCAUUCAGCCGCGUCCCUCCUCGGAGAAAAUCGCAGCAAUCGCAGAAAAGCUGGACCUGAAAAAGAACGUGGUGCGGGUCUGGUUUUGCAACCAGCGACAGAAACAGAAACGAAUGAAGUACUCUGCAUGCGUCUAAAAUCGCUUUAAACCACCACCCUCAAAAAGACUUGGAACUGUUUAGAGAUGAUUUGUAUCAUAUUUCCUAUCUCACACCUUUUUUCAAUCAUCGAUGACUUUGUGCUUUGAACUUCGAAAAAUUCCUGAAAUCAAACAAUGACUGAAAAAACUCGAGAAAAAAAAUCCAGUCACGUCUUUUUGCUCGCUGAGAGGAAGAUGUGGAGUCAAGUAAAGCACCGUUUGACAGAGCAAGUAAGACCACUGUUUCCACACUUACUAUGCUUCACCUUUUUAAUGCCAACGCAGUAUGACUUACAGGACUCUACGCUUUAAUUUUUAUUUAUAAUUCAUUUCAAAUGGUGACUAUAGUUUGUGUUAGACUUCCCCCAAAGUGAAAAUAGCGAUUUUUAUUUCCACGCAGUGGGGCCAUUUAACUCAAAGCACUUGGUUGGUGAAUAUUGGUGUUUAUAUUUUUGGCUUAUAGGAUAAGCUACAUUUUUCCCUUCGAGUUCAUGACAAUGCAGUCUGACAUUUAUUCAGGGUCCAUCAGGGGGGAAUUAAGAGGACGACACACCACUUGUUCUUUUAAGCUAAUAUUCUUGUGUAAAUUAAUAAUUUCCUUGUCUCGCACUUCAUUUUGUGUCUAAAUGUGUAAUUAAUUCCACUUAUUUUGUUAUCAUGUCUGAGCAAAGUCGGGGUAUCUAUUUUCAAGAUACCCUGGGUUUGGAUUAAGUUAAGGUUAAUAUUAUUAUAAUUAUUAUUAUUAGGCCUCAGUAUGUGGAAUUAUCAAAAUAGGGACUCACUUGGAUGGCUUUUAAAGAUUUUCGCUGUUAAAAAAAAUAUGAUUUCUCGCCGGCUACAAUAAGUUUACAAUCCAGCGUGGGCCGGUGGCUUAUGAACUAUUUAUUGAGUGAGGUCAUGUUUACUUCAU